UGUCAACCCCCUAGCAAAUAUUGAGCCCUUCCGCAAAUCAGCUGGAGGUUGAAUCAAAGGCCGUGAUGAGCAUGAGGACAUGUAGCAAAACUAUUUCGUCAGCUGUCUUUCUCCUCAUGACAUGAUACGUAUUGUACCGCAACAAAUAUGACCCACGGUGUUAUGAAAGAUAUCUUGCGGAAUCUUGUAGGCAAAUUAUGUUCCAUUCAACAUCUGAAAACAUCUCAGGACUUGAAGCCUCGAGUGUUAAUCCUCGCCUGUGUGGAAGCUGGAAGGUUCCUGUCCUCAUGUCUGCAGUCUGAUGUACACACAGCAGUUCUCUGUAGUCCAGGAAACUUGAUCCCCCAUUCCAAGCUGUAUGGGAAGGAGGUGCUUGGGUCAGAGGUUGCCUCCCUGGAGUGGGCAUGCAGCCAGGGGAGCCUGAAACAUGUGAUUGUGUGUGGCCAUUCCAACUGCCAGAUAUUGGAUGUGUUGGGCAGGUCACAGAUGCAGUCAGCAUCUAACUCCAGGUCAUCCCCAUUCCUGUCAUGGCUGACCCAACAUGGCAACAGCACUCUCACCAGGUUUGAGAGAUAUGAGAUGGACAGACUUCAACCAGUCACAUUUCAGGGAGUCUCACCUAAGGAAUUAUGGGAUGCAUAUGUUGACCCGCAGUGCUACUGGACUGAUCAGGAUCAACUAUCUCAGGUGAAUGUUUUACAACAGCUGCAGAAUGUGUCUUCCCAUGGCUUCCUGAAGCCCCAGCUGAAGUCAGGUGCCUUACAGCUGCACGGCAUGUGGCUGGACAGCAGGCAUUUGCCUUACUUGUUCAGUAAAGAACAUCAGCAAUUUGUGCAAGUAAAAGAUGACAAUAUAGACUCUCUUUUAAAGUAAUAAUUGGAUCAUAUUCACAGAGCAAAAUU